AUCGCUUUACCUCUCACACCAAACAAACCAACCAACAUCUUCUUCCUUUAUUUUCUUCAAAUUCUUUCAGGUUCUAUUUCUCUAUCACCCAAAUCCCCAAAUUUGUUGUGAAUGGUAGAAACCCUAAGCGAUUCGUAUUACAUGCGCUCCCUUUUCUCAUCAAGGGCGAGCGCGAUUCUCCUUCCGAUUUCCUCUGCAUCUGCUUUCUCAUUCGGUUCUUGCAAACAAGCCUGGUACUACCGUUGCCUCGGCGUCGACCCUUGACUCAAUUUUCCCCCAAACCUAAUCGAAUUCACAAUUUUGUUUAUUUCUUUCGUUCUUUGGAUUUGGAUCCUUAAAUUGUUUUCUUUUUUCUGGAUCGGUGGAUUUUAAUUGAUCGAUUGAAGAUGUUGCUGACUAAGCAGAAGAAGAACCACAACGCGAAUGCGACCAGAUUGUUGAUUAGCAUCAAUGUGUUGGGAAGCGCUGGACCGAUUCGAUUUGUUGUGAAUGAGGAAGAACUUGUUGCUACGGUUAUUGAUACUGCUCUUAAAUCUUAUGCUCGUGAAGGAAGGCUUCCUGUUCUUGGAAAUGAUAUCAGAACUUUCGCUCUUUAUUGUCCACAUGUUGGAUCUGAUGCUUUGAGACCAUGGGACACGAUUGGAUCACAUGGAGCUAGGAAUUUCAUGCUAUGCAAGAAGCCACAAGCAUCUGAUGCAGAUGGAGCUGGCAAUGAGACUACUACGAUUUCCCGUAGGGGAGGUGGAAGCUGGAAGGCUUGGUUCAACAAGUCUCUGAAUCUCAAGAUUUCUACUCAUUGAUCAAGUUGCGACAUUGAAUUCAAUAACUAUUAUUACUGGCAAAAAAUGUUUGCCCACGUUUAUAUUUCUUUUGGUUUUGUUUCUGGUCAUUUAUGUUCUCCCUAAUAACUUAAUAACUUUUUUAGGUUAUUAAACUCUAUUGAGAUGAAAUAGAAUUUGAAUUUUUGGUUUCAA